AUGGCCACCUUGCAAGAGCAAGUCGCCGCGGACGACCUCGGUUCAGACAGGUUCGCCAGCCGCAUUAACCCUGGACGCAUGGGCAAUGCGCAAAACAUUGCCUACGGAGGGUGCACCAUCGGGUUCGGCAUCUCAUCAGCAUGCCACACGGUUGAACCCAAGUACCUUCUCUAUUCAGUCACCGGCAACUAUCUUGGUCCAGCCUUGACGGAUCGGAAGCUGAAAAGUACUGUUCGCAGAGUUCGCGACACCAGAACCUUCGCAACAAGACUCAUUGAGAUCAGCCAGGACCAAGAUAAUGGAGAGUCGCGACUGUGCAUGAUCAUGCUGGCGGAUUUUCAGGUGAAAGAGCAGGCUUCGCUAUUGUUGUACUCAGCACCACCAUCGAGGUCAUAUUCUCCGCCAGAAAAGGGUCUUCUCCCGACUGAGGCAGCGGAAAAGCUGGUCAAGGAGGGCGUCGUAUCGGAGAAGCUGGGCAAGCUGUACCUCGUUACUUUCGGUCUGAACGCCCGCUUUCUCGAAAGUCGCAUGACGCCUGAGGGCGUUGCCCCCAACAAUCUCCACGGCGUGGCCAAGAAAGCCCAAACACCCCAAGAUGACCUUCCUCUGACUUCCAAGACCACGGCCGAUUGGCUUCGGUCUCGUCAUCCAAUGGAGCGCCUUCAAGACCGGUUCGCCGGCCUAGGCUUCGUCCUAGACGGGGCGCUGUCUUUCAUCCCUCUCACACACAACCACAUGUUCCUAGACGACGCUGCAGCGUGCUCUAGUCUUGACUUCGCGCUCAGAUUCUUCACUGGCGAGAUAGAUUUGGACAAGUGGCAUCUCAGAGAAUUGAAAACCAUCACAGGACGCGAUGGGAGGACCUACACCGAAGCCAGACUUUGGGAUCAAGAUGGGAACAUGGUCGCAAAUAUGACCCAGCAGUCUAUCAUGAGGCCUUUGAAGAAGGCGGCCACGGCCUCUCUUUAG